GAACAAGUGCUUUUAAGCCUUAUUACUAGUGUCACAGCUAGCCUUAUCCUGGGUCAAAACACGAGUAGAAUUGCGGCGGUGCCUAGCUUCGGGCGAGGCUGAAUUGGCCGAUGCGAGCACCCUGAACCGUUUCUUACUUGGUGACUUACUGGUAUACUCAGUGUGUUGCCAUGAGCGGGUGGCCGGCUCGGCCCGCUGCCUGCGAGCCGCUUUGUCCACCGUCCACGAGCUAUUCAGCGCCAAGCGUUUCAUACUGCAGGACUAGGUUGACUCCCCGGCGAGGGCGCAAAUGCCAUCAGCAAAUCAGAUGCCAAGUAACGCAGUCGCUCCAGAGCUAUCACAACGCCUACAAGCUCAUACACCAGCCGGCUCGUAAAGCGGACUCGGGGGGCCCUGCAGACGGGGCAGUCGACGCCCCGCCCGCCGAGCCCGCGCAAGCGGGACAGGCCGGCGGGGAGGCGAAGGGGCGAGGGCGACGGGCAGCUAAACCCAAGGGCGCAGCGAGCCCCACAACUGGAGCCACCGGCUCAAAUAGCUCAAACGGCGCCAAUGGCAGCAACGGCAGCCACCCACUGGGCACGUCCACGGGGCCAGACGCCCUGGUGUCCUUCCUGACCUCGCCCGACUUUGCCGGCCAGGGCGGCUCGACCUCAUCAACCUCUGGCGCCGCGGCCGCAGCAGCUACAGCCACACCUACCACCACAGCUACAGCCAGCGGCAACCCCGACGACCACCAGCUGCGCCAACAGCAACGGCACCGGCAGAAGCAACGGCAGCAGCAACAGCUCCAGACCGCCACAGGCGGCGAUGCCGGCGAGCCGCACUCCUCCUCUUCCGCCUCCUUCGGUGGCGGCGGUGACAUGCGGCCCUACAGUCGCCACAGCGUGGCGUUGCCGGCGUGGCAGCCGCCGCCCAGCAGCCUGCAGGCGCGCACGGCGCUCACGCGCGCCAUCUCCACCUGCCCCACCUACACGCGGCUGCACCAGCUGCUGCUGGACAACGCACUCGACUUCAACGUCUACCACUCCUGUGCCGCGCUCAGCCGCGUGCUCGCGCUGCACCGGCGGGGCCUCAGCCCGCGCGAGUCGCGGCUGUUCAAGGAGGGCUGCUCCACGCUGCAGAGCGUCCUGCGGCGGCAGUUGACGGAGCUGCACCCGCGCGCGGUGGUGGUGGCGGCUUACAGCCUUGCCCGCCUGGAGCUGCCCGACCGCGAGCUGCUUGCGGGCCUGGCCGCCGCCGUGGAGCCGCAGCUGCCGGCGCUGCAGCCGCGCGGCCUGGCGUCGCUGCUGUGGGCCUUUGCGCGGCAGGGCCACCAGCCGCCGCCCAAGUGGAUGGACGCAUUCCUCAGCUGCUGCGCCGCGGAGCUGCCGCGCUUCGCGCCGCGGGAGGUGAGCACGCUGCUGUGGGGCCUGGCGCGGCUGCACUACAAGGUGGCGCCGGCGCGGCUGCGGCAGCUGCUGGAGCACUCGCAGGCCCAGAUGGGCUCUUUCUGCGGGCGCUCGCUGUCCAACGUGGUCUACUCGCUCGCGCUGUCUCAGCAGCACCCGGGGGAGGAGUGGCUGGCGGCGGCGCAGGCGCGCGCGGUGGCCCUGGGUCCCAGCGCCUUCUCGCCGCAGGGUCUGACCCAGAUGGCCUGGGGCCUGGCCAAGCUGGGCUGCCCGCCCACCUCCGCCCUGCUGGACAUGGUGUGCGCACACGCGGCGGCGCGGCUGCCGCGCAGCGCCGAGGAGCGCCGGCGGCUGCUGCAGCUGCAGGCGCUGCGGGACCGCUCCGGCUUCAGCUCCUCGAGCGAAGACGACGAGGUCGAGGCGGAGGGCGCUGCAGCCGCUUCCUCUUCCGGGAGUAGGAGCGGCCGCAAGCAACAGCAGCAGCAGCAGCCGCGGCGGCCGCUGGCGCCCUACAACGGUCUGGACCUGUCGACGCUUAUGUACGCGCUGGGCAGCUGGGGUGCGCAGCCGCGGCCCGAGGUGGGGCGGCGCCUGCUGCUGGCGCUGGAGUGGGAGCUGCCUCGCCUGGAGGCCAACCAGCUGUGCAACUGCGUGUGGGCCUGCGCGCGGCUGCGGCUCUACCCCUCGCGCUCCUGGCUGCGCGACUUCUACGACGCCAGCUACCGCCAGCUUCCCUACUUCAAGCCCGUGGACCUGAGCCAGUCGCUGUGGGCGCUGGCGCGGCUGGGCGCGGCGCCGCCGGAGGCGUGGCUGGGCGGCGCGCUGAACCGGCUGCAGCACACAGCCAGCAUGUUCAGCCCUGUGGAGGUUGCCAACACCAUGUGGGCGCUGGCGAAGAUGGGCGUGCGCGGCGAGCGGCUGCCGGCGGAGGUGCUGGCGCUGUUCUUCAUCGCCACGGACCGCCGGCUCAGCAGCUUCAAGCCGCAGGAGCUGUGCUCCAUGGUGUGGGCGCUGGCGCACAUGCGGCGGCGGCCCGACAAGGAGUGGACGGCCGAAUUCCUCAAGGUAACGUACCACAAGCUGGGCUCCAUGUCGGGCUGGUGCCUCGCCACCUUGGCCUGGUCGCUGGCGGAGCUGCAGCUCAGCCCGCCGCCCGCCUGGACGUACUCCUUCGUCAACGCAGCGCGCGCGCUGGCGGAGCAGGCGGCGCAGCCGCCGCCACCAGCGGCGGCGGCCCCCACCUCGGCGCUGCACCAGCCGGGGGCGGAGCCCCCGCUGCGCAGCCUGCGCGACCUCUCGCCCUCUGCCUCCGCAUCUCCAUCUUCUACUGGGUCGGCAUUAACAUAUCCAGCCCUAUCAGUAGCAGCAGGCGCGGCGGACGCCGCGGGGUCGGGUUCGGGGCUGUCGGCCAUCGAUCUGGGUCAGAUCAUCACGGGCCUGCGCAAGCUCAACUCGGUGCAAGGGCUGGCCAAGGUCGAUGACUUCAUUGGCGAGGCGGAGGAGCGGCUGAGGGCGCUGGAGGCGGGCAGCGGAGCCUACGCGGCGCAGCAGGUCGGGCAUUUCCUGUCCAUGUCCAGGAAGCAGGCGGGGCUGCGGCCGGCGGCGAGCCAGCACGAGCAGCAGCAGGAGGAGGGGGAGUCGGAGCCGGCAGGGGCGGAUGAUGAUGAUGAGGGCGCCGGCGUCGAGGUGCGGCGCCGCGUGUCCGUGUCGGGUCUUGCGGACCCUGACCUCAGCGGCAGCGACGCCGAGGAGUCGGCGCCGUCCGCAUCUGGUGCGGCGCAGCGGCGGGCGUCAGCAGAGGCGUCGACGUCCGGGGUGGCGCACCCGCAGAAGCAGCAGCGCCGGCAGCGCGGGAGACCCGGCGCCGCAGCUGCUGCCGCAGCGACGUCUGCCGGCGCCGACGUCGCGACGCCUUCCGAGUCGCCGGCUGCAACGACACGUGACGCGUUGACGCGGGUGCUUCGGACCGGCGCGCGUGUUACGGUGCUGGCGCCGCCACCCGAGGUGCAUCUGGAGCUCGGGGACGUGUCUGUGGAGCUGCCGGCGGGCACAGGCGGGCCGCUGUCGUUGCGUACGGCGCCAGCCGCUGCCAGCAGCAGCAGCAGCAGUGGCAAGGGGGCCGGGAACGGAAGUGUGGGCUCAGACGGCGCUGGCAACAGCGCGGCUGAGAUCAAGCAGCGGUUGAUGGCGGUUUAGGUCGGUGACUAGGAUUCAGGGGAGCUUAGGUGGUGCAGCAGUCGAUCUGUUGAAGGGGCAGACACUUGCAGUCAUGGAUCACGGAAUCAGUGCAGGGACUAGUGAUCCUCGAUGUUACAGGAACAAGAGCACGAACACGGCAAAGAUUGGUCGGAUUGCCGCAGUUGACUCAAUACCGCGCUCCAGGGGUGCCGCACUCCCUUCGCACGUGACAAUUUGUUGACUGGGAUUUAGAGGGUAGGCUUGUGUACAGUCGGCAUCUCUUUAACAUAGACUAGUCAGGCCUGCGCUUGCCCAUGCCUGAUUGCCUGGUAGUGGAUUAGAGACGUAAGAUGGAUGCGCAACGGGUUGGGGCCCCGUGAAGGGGCUUCCCCUGGUUAGGGCAGUGUUUUUAGCAGCGAGGGAGGUGCCGAUUAGUGCCGCGAUGACUGUAAUUUAUUGUACCGUGCACAUCAUUUACUGGGGCUUAGCACUUCACUGAGAGGAGUACGGGUGCGGACCCCUAACCCUCGCGCACGUGAGCGAGCGUGAAGGGCGUGAACGUCUGUGACUCCGAGCCGCUGCCACGUUGCGGCGUUCUGCCGCCCGUCGGACUCCUGCGAUUUAAUCACAUCAACUCA